AUGGCCGAGAAACAGCAGCUGGUCCGCUUGACCAUGGCGGUCUACCGCAACCCCGCGCUCAGCGAGGAGGAAUUCCACCGCCACUGGUCUCAAGUCCAUGGCCCGCUGGUGCGGGAGUGGCUUGCCAAAAAUGGGAUUAUUCGCUACACACAGAAUCAUACCCCCACUAAGAUGCGAGAGCUGUCUAAGCAACUCAAUUGGCAAGUCACGGACGAGGCAUUUGAGUCCCAUGAUGGGUCUGCGGAGAUUCUGAUGAAUGAUGUGGGUGAUCUUGCGGCGGCGUUCAAAGAUCCAUACUACACAGGGGUUGUUUCACCCGAUGAGCAGAAGCUACUCGAUGUAGGCAGAACCAAAAUGACCUUUGGAUGGGAGGAGAGUCAUGUCGAAGGGGGCGCUCCAGUCGAGCUGUGA